CAACUCUACGCCUUUAGCAGUCCAGCUUCUGUGAUGAGCUUCCUCUGCUUGGCUAUUCACUUCAUAAAUAUACAACCCAGGGUCAUCCUCAUGCCUCCAGCAAUCAAGUCUCUGUCGUUGACCAUGGAGUCUUGGUAGUAGCUCACCAGCAACUCCUCUUCCAUAGAUCGGACUCCCAUAAGCCCAGAGAAAACUCCCAAUCCGUCCCAAGUAAAAGUUUACACUGCCCAGAAUUUAGAUUUACCAGGCCCAGACGCUAAUCCGAGCCCAACUUCCUCUCGGGAAACGACGUCGUUCAGGUGAAGGACGUCGUUCCUUCCUCUGGUCUUAACCCGCGACUGGGUACGGAAGAGAUUCAGAGAGUAGAAAAGACUUUUUGUUGAAGCUAAAACAGAGGGUAGAAGAGAGUUGGGAUCAAGCGAGACUCUCGAUUCUUCAGGAAGAUGGGGGAAUUUGCAGUUGACAAGCAUGUACAGUACAUUUUAUCUGUUGAAAAGAGAAAUGAUAGCUUUGAAUCUGUGGUGAUGGAACAUCUAAGAAUGAACGGUGCAUACUGGGGAUUGACUACUUUAAGCCUUCUGGGAAAGCUUGAUUCUGUCGAUUUAGAUGAAGUGAUUUCGUGGGUUAUGAAGUGCCAGCAUGAGAGUGGUGGGUUUGCUGGUAACAUAGGACAUGACCCUCAUAUUCUGUAUACACUCAGUGCUGUACAAGUUUUAGCCCUCUUUGACAAGCUUGAUAUACUUGAUAUUGAUAAAACAUCAGGUUAUAUUGCUGGUUUGCAGAAUGAAGAUGGCUCUUUUUCAGGGGAUAUGUGGGGUGAAGUGGACACACGGUUCUCAUAUAUUGCCAUAUGUUGUCUUGCUACACUACAAUGUCUUGAUGAGAUCAAUGUGGAGAAGGCUGUGAACUAUAUUCUAAGCUGCAAAAAUCCAGACGGUGGUUUUGGAUGCACCCCUGGUGCUGAGUCUCAUGCAGGACAGAUCUUUUGUUGUGUGGGCGCACUUGCUAUUACAGGGAGUCUGCACCAUGUAGAUAAAGACCUACUUGGUUGGUGGUUAUGCGAGCGCCAAGUCAAAUCUGGAGGUUUAAAUGGACGUCCUGAGAAACUUCCUGAUGUUUGCUACUCGUGGUGGGUUCUUUCAAGCUUGAUAAUGAUUGACAGGGUUCACUGGAUUAACAAAGAAAAGCUUAUGAAGUUCAUUUUGGACUGUCAGGACAUAGAAAAUGGAGGGAUUUCAGAUCGACCAGAGGAUGCUGUUGAUGUUUUCCAUACAUAUUUUGGUGUUGCUGGGCUCUCGCUUCUUGAAUAUCCUGGAGUGAAAACCAUUGAUCCUGCCUAUGCUUUACCAGUCGAUGUUGUAAACAGGAUUUUCUUUCGCAGAUAGUAUAUUCUCUAUAACAGACUAACCGGAUCCCUUCUACGGAAGUCUGGAACUUCUGGGACAGUGCACUUUGAUAUGGGGAGAUACUUCCCUUGCAUGGUGAAGCUGAAGAAAAUGAUGUACUCUUUCAAGUUGAAGGUACCAACACCAUACUUCCCUUGCAUGGUGAAGCUGAAGAAAAUGAUGUACUCUUUCAAGUUGAAGGUACCAACACCAGGUAAUGAUUCUAACACGACCUAUGGAUGUUUCGAACUCUGUCGAAGAAUUUUGUCAGGAUUUAUGAAAAUGCACCUUUUAAUAUAAGAUCAGAUAGAGAUAAUUCUAUUGUUAGAUCUCUGUACAUUGGCUAUAAUAUUAAGUCGGUUAUGGAUUGAGAAAUUUGCUAUAAGGUUUGAUUCUACGAA